AUGGCCAGCACUCAGAAGACCCUUAUGACGCCACCACCAAAGCAACAUAAGUUGCUCCCGAUGGCCGCCGCCAGCACAACAACGCCAGCACCAAAGCUGGCCAGAAAGACCCGACCACCACCAUCAUUGUUCGUCAAGGACAAGAAGAAGCCCGCCAACGCUCAGAUUGGGAUCUUUGACAAGCCCAACCAAUCCGACUUGGAGCGGGGGUUCAUCGAAGGAGGUCCAGUGACCUCAAUUGAGAGGCCCUACUUGGUACUUCUUGAGUGCCGAAGGGGCUUCACCAAGAAGGACAUGGUGCUUGGCUUGAAGACUCGACCGAAGGCGACCAUUAUACCAAUCGCCAAAGACGCCAAGACCAUCAGCCAGGAGGGAAGGAUGAAGGAGCUUCUUGCCAUCACAAAGGCAGAGAAGGAGCAACGAGAGGGGGGGAAGAAGAGAAGGAGGGAGGAGGAGGAGGACGUCAAAAAGGAGGCUGGGAAGCAGCAGGGAAGGCCGAAGAAGUUGUUCAAGGCCAGGAAGUGA